GUGGCGCAGGGAGGGCCUCUCUCCUGCAGCGGGCGUGUGUCGGCUGCCCAGUCCCGUCCGCCACCAUGCCUAUGAAGGGCCGGUUCCCCAUCCGGAGGACGCUGCAGUACUUGAGCCAGGGCGACAUCAUCUUUAAGAACUCCGUGAAGGUGAUGACGAUCAACUACAACACCGGGGGGGCGCUCAGUGAAGGCGCCAGAAAAUUUGUGUUUUUCAACAUACCUCAGAUUCAGUACAAAAACCCUUGGCUCCAGAUUGUGAUGUUUAAGAACAUGACACCCUCACCCUUCUUAAAAUUCUAUUUAGAUACAGGCGAGCAAGUCCUGGUUGAUGUGGAAGAGAAGACCAACAAAGAGAUAGCACAACAUAUUAAAAAAAUUCUUGGUAAAAGCGAGGAAACUCUCCAGACGGAAGCACAAGAGCAAAGCAAGCUACGGCAUCCUGCGACAUUUGGCCCCAGAAAAUAUCACUUGCGAGAAUGCAUGUGUGAAAUUGAAGGCCAAAUUCCCUGCCCUGGUAAAGUGCCAUUACCAAAGGAGAUGACUGGCAAGUAUAAAACUGCCAUGAAAAACAGUACAACUUCCUAAGACAACUUCGUAUGAAGCUCACCUACAUCAGGAAUUAAAGCAUUCAGAACUGACAAGAAACUGGUUAUAUGAUGAGAACACCAUAUAGAAUAUAUAAAGAGACCACUUAAAUGACAGCAGAAUAGCUGGACUUAAUACAAGUAAGGGGGCAUCUUAAAUAAAUUCAUGGGCUUGUUCUUAUGUCUUAGGUUGUGUUGUAAAUAUUUUGUGAAUGCCAUAUGUUUUAAAUGAAAGAACGAAUAUUGAUUAAUUCUUGGAUUAAUGAAUUAUGUUCUUUCUCGUCAAACACACCUCCCCAAGUACAGAAUCCUGCCUAGAAAGUGUGUGUGCACAGUAAGUCUUGGAAGGAUGUGCUUCCCUUUCACUUAACUCGCUCUAGAGUGUUGAAAGCUCUCUAUAGCUUAAUCUGAAGAUUUGUUAAUGUGCAGGCCACAAUUCUGCAAGGGCAAAGAAAAGAGCAAGAGUUGGUACUAGUGGUUGAUUCAGUUUCCCCAAAAUGUUUAUGCUUAAACAACUUAUGACUAAAAAGAAACACAUUUUUAGUGCUUAUGACUGCAGACAUAUGUGUGAAGGACUCUCAAGUAAUGGCUGCUACAGCCCCAGAAGUAUGACUGAAACUAUCUUAAAUGUAAAAUAUAAAAUUCAAUGCCCUGCCUACCUCUUUGCCCUUCUCCACUAGCCAAACCAGCAUAAAAAUAUGUACAUGUGGCAGACUUGUUUCUUUUGGUGCAGAACUUUAAUUGCCCAGCUACAGGAUUUUAAUUUUUUUAGAAUGGAGUACACAUAGUUCUAAACUAUUAAAAAAACACCUAUUGAUGACAGUGGACAAAACAGCCCCUUAUUUGAGGCAGUGAGGGAUGAUAGUCAAAGCCAUCCUUUCCUAUACAAAACAUCAGCCUUGUAGGCUGUAGUAAGCAAGACUCUCAUACUCACAGCACUUUUGUUCAUCGCACAUUUUUCAAAUUAAGAAUGUGGUCCUAUGCACACUACUUUGGAUGUAGGUCUAAAGUUA